AUGAAAGGAAAUUGGUCGAUUGUCCGUCAGGUUUUCCAGCGCCGCUUCUCCACACUCCGGUCGUCGCCGUCGUCACGAUCUUCCGCGUUGUCCAGCUUAUCCCAAUCUCUCAUUAUAGCCCCAAACUCGAUGACCUCUCAGAUCUCUAGAAACUCGUGGUUCGCUGCCUCCACCUCUUGCGCUUCCAUUAAAUCUAGCUUCUCCAACGCUUCUCUUCCCCACCGGAGAAGCCUCUGUUCGGAAGCUGGAGGUGAAAAUGGAGUUAUUAUAGUGAAAUCAGAGGAAGAGUUCACCAAAGCAAUGAACAAAGCUAAAGAUGGAUCUUUACCUUCGAUCUUCUAUUUCACUGCCGUCUGGUGUGGACCAUGCAGGUUUAUCGCUCCUGUAAUCGAGGAGCUUAGUAAACAGUAUCCUGAUGUAACAACGUAUAAAGUCGACAUUGAUGAGAGUGGGCUUUCGAACACUAUCAGCAAGAUGAAUAUUGCGGCUGUGCCAACACUGCAGCUUUACAAAGAAGGCUCGAAGAAAGGAGAGAUAGUGGGUGCAGAUGUCACGAAGCUGAAGAAUCUCAUGGAACAGCUCUACAAGUGA